UUAGAACAUCACGAAGCAAAGUUCUUUGAAGAUCACAGAUUUGCAUGGCACAGCUGGAUAGCAGUAACGAAGAUGUCAAAUCAGAGUUGCCAGCUGCUCACUUUAAGUCACUAGAAAAUACGAGUGAUUCAGAUCGGACAGAGAAGGAAAUUGACAGGAUUAUUGCUGAGACCUUUAUGUUAACGCCAGGAUGCUCUGAAGCGGUGUCGUCAGUCCUCGAUUCAGUUGUCAACGCUGGCAGUAGCGGAUCACAUGAGUUUGAAGAUGAAGAUCCAGAAACUUUGAGCAUGCGGCUGAAUCUCAUCGAAUCCCUUCAAAACAAGCUCAAAUCAGUUGAGAAAGAAGAAGGGGAAGUCACUGAUGAGGAUGCGCUGUCUGGAGGGAUUUGUCCUGAAGAACCUCCAAAGGUUACGACAUCCAACAAAACACAUCAUGAUACAUCAUCAAGAAAGCGAAGUCAUAGAAGCGCUGACUCUAAAAGCAGAGAAAAACGUCGAUCAUCUGAACGAAGAACGUAUAGAACGAAUGAAAGCAGCAAGCAUCGUUCAACUCCUCGUGCUUACAUAAGUUUGGGAAAAGGUUCAAAACCCAGAGAGCCGGACCGAAAAACAAGAGCAUCAUACUCAACUCGUUCGCGUCGUUCGAGAAAGUCAGAGCAUGACAUCACCAAGGGAAAAAGCGAGACUGUCAAGGCAGGAGUCACUGAAUUGUCUAUCACGCUACCUGUUGAACAAAGCAGUUCUAAAAAUAGUGGGAUAGUGGUUACUACAGCUAGGGACCAACCGAGGCUAUCUUCGGAACGAGUUGUGGACACAUCGAAGUCUCAUACGGGUGGAGAGAAUCGCUGUAUCAAGAGAGUUGGGGAUUCGGGUCCUAAUCUCUCAAUUACUGUGAAUACUUUUUCUGAUGCCGCUCGACCUGCCAAUGACCGAUCGCACUUGCAUGAUAGUGGCUAUUCUUCGCAAAGUGGUUCGAGUAUUCCACGUCCACCGCCCAGAGUUUCUCAUCGCACUGUCCUUGGCGAGGGACCAGAUGACGACACGGAUAUCCCGUUGCCACCGCCUCCGCUUCCUCCUCGUACAAUGACCGUGUCACCCCCGAUUCGGCAUGACUUUGUGUUGUUGCCACCUCCUCCUGCUCCACCAGUAUUUCCGCAAGCUAUGGAGAAGAGUGGGACAUGCAGUCCUUCUUCCAUUACCGUUCAAGUUAGGGAAGGUGGUGGACGUGUUGCUCAGAUGUCUUCAAGCUCCCGAACAAAGGAUACUGGGAGGCAUCCGGAGAAAAUACGUUCGCCUGAACAACCUCCACCACCUCCGCCUCUGGAUCGUUAUCCGGAUAAUUACGAAGACGUUGGAAUGGAUGUGGAAUCAUCGAGAUCCAGCCUUGUAUCAAAUCUUGAUCAUGAAGACGAAGCAAACUCUCCACCUCGCCAUCGUUUGAUUUCUGAUGCAGAUGAAGAACAGUUGCGUCAAAUGUUGCUAAAUCAGGUGAUUCUUCAUAGAAAACGCUUAGCUGAAAGUACUACUCAAAGUAGUGACGUAUCGUUGUUUGAUGGUCCCGGUGAUGAUAACACUCAAAAUCAGUCAAGGUGUUCAAAUGAGGAGAUGCCUCAUAGAGAAGCUCCUGCAAAAGGAGAACCGACAGAUAUAUCCAAUACACCUGCGCCAGAUAUCAGGAUAAAUGGUUUGAGCAACCCUACAAAGAACAGUUUCCGUUUAUAUGAACCGCCAUGCAAGAGGAGAAAGGACAAUGUCGUUGCAUCGGAAGAAUUUUACUCUCUGAAAAGUCCUCCUGUCAGUACCUUGACAGCACUAGAGGCACAACUCAAAGAACAUCAGUCGGAGUUAGAUAUUUUGGAUAGUAAAAUCAUGGAGCAUAUGACAACGCUCGACACGUCGUUACAUAGAAGAACAGAGCUUAGGAAGCAACUAGCUGAACUAGAUGCAGAUAUAGAUGCUGAAAGAGUAGGCUGUCGGCUUCUGAUGCAGCGACGGAAUACAAUAAGACGUGCUGUUGAGCGAUGCGAAGAACUCAAAUUGGAUCUUCUGCUAGAGAAUGAGUGGCAACCUUCAAAUGGAACAGAAACUCAAAACAGCGAUGAAACAUCACCGAUAGAAGACGCCCACUCUUCUUUGCACAUCGAGGAGCCAUUGAAUAGAUCAUACAGCGAAAGCGUGGAAAGACCCAGCGAAGAGAUUGUGGCGCGAGAGCAACCAGAGCCUCAUAUUGAAGAACAAAUGCGGCUGAAGCUUCUUGCUAGGAUGAGAAAGGACUUCCCUGCGAGUACGUCGCAGGACGGAGACGAAGAAGGUCGGAUACCAUCUGUAAAUGAAGAGGAGUCCUGCAAUCAGUCAACGCAAACGAUAGAAAGUGAAGGAGUAGAGGAAACAGUACCUUUAUACAGGUUGGAUAGUUUUCCCGAACGUCUGAAACGAUUUGUUGGUAUACCCCCCGAUAUGUCUGUCAUGCCCAUGGAUUGUCCCCUAGAAGUCUCGGGGGAAAAAUGUUCAGAUGUCUUUUGCCAGUCAAAACAUUCGAUAGACGAGGAAUUAUCAGUGGAUGAUGUUCUUGGCAUGAUGAUCAAGUACGCCCCUGGAUUGGUUGACUCCAUGGCAGAUGCUGAUUUAACGAGGCAAGUGGACACAUUGAGAGCAAGACGGUUACCAGAUGAGCGAUUUGGGUUAUUUGCUCGCCGGCUCUUGGACGGACUACCCCUCGACAAGCGGCCGAAAACAACCGAAGAAGUCCAAGAUACCAAUGAGGGACGACAUCAAGUAUCAGCAUGAGCAAAACAGCAAUGAUAGCCAAGUAUGGUAGGUUUUAGUAAAGGAUUCAAGGGAAAUGCCAUACGCAGAGAAUUUUUAUGCUAUGAUAAUUUUCUUUCCAACAAUCAGUGCUUUGCGGUUCUCGCUAUGAAUGCGGGUACUGAAUUGGUGUAUAUGUACAUCAGAUCUUAUAUUUAUGUAAUAAAUAAUCGUGAUG